GAGUAGUAGGAGGGGUGAGAGAGGAAUAAAUGUGAGAAGAGAGAUGAGACGCUGAAGGCUUGGAGUGAACACUGAUGAGGACACAGUAACUCAAAAAAAAGAACACACUUGCAGUUCCUGCGCAUCGCCACAUGGAGCUGUCAAAGAGUGAGAUCUGCGAGACUGCCAAUGACUCAGCCAUGGCCUGCGUCGGAGAAAAUCCCAACUGCACUUGUUGCUCCACCGAUGUGGACCAACUAGUAAAACACUAUUACCUGCCUGUCUCCUACGGCAUCAUCUUCACAGUGGGCCUGGUGGGCAACUUAACUUCCAUCAGCAUUUACCUGACGAAACUGCGUCCCUGGAAGAGCAACAGCAUCAUCAUGGUCAACCUGGCGCUGGCCGACCUUCUCUAUGUCCUCAGCAUGCCUUUCCUGGUCUACUACUAUAGCAACGGGGAUUCCUGGACACUAGGUGACUUCAUGUGCCGCUUUGUUCGCUUCGGGUUUCAUUUUAACCUGUAUGGGAGCAUCCUCUUCCUGACAUGCCUGGCAAUUUUCCGCUAUGUGGUGGUGAUCCAGCCUUUGAAGGCAGCACAGGUGCAGCAGAAGAUUUGGGGUAUAGUUGCAUGCUUAGCUGUCUGGGCCAUUGCUGCUGCUGAAAUUGGUCCCAUGUUGAACAUGAUAAGUUCGGAAGACGGCAACUGCCCGGACUUUGCCAGCAGCAAAUGUGUUGAAAAAAUCCAGGUAUACAGCUGGCUGCUCACUGUGUUUGGGUUUCUCCUUCCCCUAGGGGUGGUGUUCAUGUGUUACAUGGGUAUAGUGAGACAAUUGAAAAAAGGGCCCAACACAACCAGUCCCUGUCGAUUAAGAGCACGCCGAGUGUCUGUGCUGAUCCUGGUUGUGUUCAUCGUGUGUUUCCUGCCAUAUCACAUCUUGCGUGCAUUGCGGAUAGAAACCCGAAGCAAUAAUGUGACAUGCGAAGUUGACCGCAUAAUCCAUGCAGUGUACAUCAUCUCCAGGCCUUUGGCUGGCUUCAACACGUUUUUCAACCUGGCUCUUUACACUCUUUCAGGUGAUAAUUUCAGGAGGGCCUUUUUCAGUACUUUUAACAUUGAACGUUGGCUGCCCAAGGCCAGGUCACUGCUCCAAGUGGCCAUCAUCAGAAAUCAAAACAAUGACAUGCCUGCUAAAUGAGAACAAUCCAACAUCUGAUGUGGACAUAUUCUAAGCUCACUCACUCAGAUAUGAUGUUAGAGCCCAUGCCAUAUGAUUGCAGCGGGCCCUGCUUCGAAUCCGGCCAACGACUUAUGCUGCAGGUCAUUCCCCUCUCUCUCUCUCUCCAAUUCCUAUCGGCAUCUCUGCCAGUUACUAAUUAAAUAAAGGCAAACAGCCCAGAAAUAAAUCUUUAAAGAAAAAAAAGCUGUUAAUUCUUCAUUGUGUACCUCCAAACUAUGUACCAACCCCUGAAAUGUAAAUGACUAAGCUUAUAUGUUAGGUUACACCUUUUUCUUCUUCUGUCUGACAUCACAUGAAUAUAUACUAUCUAAAAUCACUUUUUUCAGAGUACAUUUUACCAACACCGUAAAUUGCUUUGUUUGCCGAUUAUGAUCUCUGUGUAUCCGUCCUAAAACCUAGUUAUGAUAAUAGAUAGUUAAUAAAUGGCUAUAUAUAUGUGUCUGUGGGUCAGUGUGCCACUUUAAUCCAAACUGAAA